AUGAGCAACAUUUUUGUUAAAACCUGUUUUCAUAACGUUACUAGAAAACUAAGUGCGAAAUCAGUAUCGAAUGCAGGGUCACUACUAUCAGAACUUCAAGGAAAAAUCGCCUCUAAUCUCCAUUCCCAAUCUCGAAAUUUAAUUACAACUGCAGCUAUGAAUAAGAACCUUUUAAAUGGAGAUCUGUGGGAAACAGAUCCCGAAUUAUACAAUAUAAUUAAACAAGAGAAACAGAGGCAAGCUAGCGGCUUGGAAAUGAUUGCUUCAGAGAAUUUCACCUCCGUAGCUGUUCUUCAAUGUUUGAGCUCAUGUCUUCACAACAAAUACUCUGAAGGAAUGCCACAUCAAAGAUAUUACGGUGGCAAUGAAUUCAUAGAUGAAGUGGAAAUUCUUGCCCAACAGAGGUCUUUACAAGCUUACAAACUUAAGCCGGAAGAAUGGGGUGUGAAUGUACAACCAUAUUCUGGAUCACCUGCAAACUUUGCUGUUUAUACCGGAAUAGUUGAACCUCAUGGUCGCAUCAUGGGCUUGGACUUGCCAGACGGAGGACAUCUUACACAUGGUUUCUUUACAGCUACAAAGAAAAUUUCCGCCACAUCCAUAUUCUUUGAAAGCAUGCCAUAUAAAGUAGAUCCGAAGAGUGGAUUGAUUGAUUACGAACAGUUAGCUGUAAGUGUUAAGUUGUUCAAGCCGCGUCUAAUUAUUGCUGGUAUGAGUUGCUACUCCCGCUGUCUGGAUUACAAGAGAUUCAGAGAAAUAGCUGAUGAAAAUGGAGCUAUCUUGAUGGCUGAUAUGGCUCAUAUAUCAGGACUUGUUGCAGCAGGCGUUGUACCCAGUCCGUUUGAGUUCUGUGACAUAGUAACAACAACCACUCACAAAACGUUAAGGGGACCGCGAGCUGGAGUUAUUUUCUUCCGAAAGGGAGUUAAGAGUGUGAAUUCCAAAGGAGAGAAAAUUAUGUAUGACUAUGAAAGUAAAAUAAAUCAAGCUGUGUUCCCCGGCCUACAAGGUGGUCCACACAACCAUGCAAUUGCUGCCAUUGCCACAGCCAUGAAACAGGCUAUGUUACCCGAGUUUGUAGAAUACCAACGUCAGGUUAUAAACAACGCUCAAAGGCUAUGUCAAGGUCUUAAGUCCAGAGGUUACGACAUAGCCACAGGCGGGACAGAUGUACAUUUAGCCCUAGUUGAUGUACGUAAUAAAGGUCUGUCAGGAGCAAGAGCUGAACGUAUACUGGAACUCUGCAGUAUAGCUUGCAAUAAAAACACCGUGCCAGGAGAUAAGAGUGCUCUUAAUCCAAGUGGAAUACGCCUUGGCACACCGGCACUAACUACUAGGGGUUUGAAAGAAUCUGACAUUGAUAAGGUUGUUGAUUACAUUGACAAAGCACUCUCAUUGGCUCAAGAAAUUACUAAAGCCUCUGGACCAAAACUUGUUGACUUCAACAAAUUCAUUGAAGAGAAUUCUGAUAUUAAAGCAAAAAUAAAUAAUCUCAAGGAGGAAGUAGAAAAAUACAGCCAGUCAUUCCCUCUGCCUGGACUUGAAAGAUUUUGA